UCCUUUAUUUAUUUUGUGCACCGCAGAUCUAGAUCUAAAUCCGCACAUCUCCUCUACAUUCUAAAUUCUCUUCUCCAACCAACUGCAAUGUCAACCACCGGUCCCGCCGUCCUCCCUAUCUCCUCCGCGCAAUCCAUCGAAUCCCAGCCACCCGCCGCCACCCCCGCAGUCCUCUCUUUCCUAUCACAUCUCAAUGAUUCCGUCCGCAACGGCCUUUCCCAACGCCGUCCCUGGGCUGAACUCGCUGAUCGUUCCGCCUUCUCCAAGCCGGAAUCUUUCUCCGAUGCCAUCGUCCGUGUCCGCAAGAAUUACUCAUACUUCCGAGUCAAUUAUCUGUCGGUGAUUGGUCUUAUCCUCGCCUUUUCCCUUCUUUCCCAUCCGUUUUCCCUUCUCCUCCUCCUUGGACUCCUCUCCUCCUGGAUCUUCCUCUACCUCUUCCGUCCCGCCGACCAGCCUCUCGUCGUCUUCGGCCGUUCCUUCUCCGACCGCGAGACUCUCGGCAUCCUCAUCGUCUUCAGCGUCUUCGUCGUCUUCCUCACCUCCGUUGGAUCUCUUCUCAUUUCCGCUCUCAUGGUUGGAGUUGGACUAGUCUGUGCUCACGGCGCCUUCAGGGCCCCAGAGGAUCUCUUCUUGGACGAACAAGAACAAGUAUCCACCGGUUUCUUGUCAUUUCUAGGUGGUGCUGCCUCCAAUGCCGCCGCAGCAGCCGCCCCUGUGGUUGCCGCUCGUGUCUGAAUCUGAUCCAUGGUUCUUCCCUAAAUCUUUGCCUCUAGGAUCUAAUAUCGCUUCAUGCAAUUUUUUUUAGGGAAUAAAACCUCCACAGGGGGAAUUCAUGGUUUUUCUUUAUUGUUUUGAAUGAUGAAUAGGGUUUUUAUUAUGUACUUUUAACAUUGGUGAAAUGUAUAUGGAUCUUGGAUCCAUUGUGUUA